AUGAAAACAUGCUAUUAUGAAUUAUUAGGUGUUGAUAUAACAGCUACUGAUAUCGAAUUGAAAAAAGCUUAUAGAAAGAAAGCCCUUCAGUUUCAUCCUGAUAAGAAUCCUGAUAAUGUCGAAGAAGCAACUGAAAUAUUUGCUACUAUUAGAUCUGCUUAUGAAGUACUGUCAGACCCACAAGAGAGAGCUUGGUAUGAUGCUCAUAAGAAUCAAAUAUUAAAUGAUGAUCCAAUAGUUGAUGAGAAUGGUGUUUAUGAAUAUGAGGUUGAUGCUUCUGUAACGGGUGUUACUACUGAUGAAUUGUUAAUGUUUUUUAAUUCAUCUUUAUAUACAAGAAAGGAUGAUUCUCCAGCUGGUCUUUAUCAAAUAGCUGGUAAAAUAUUUGCAAAGCUGGCAAAAGAUGAAAUUUUAGCAGGGAGAAAACUUGGAUUAGACAAUUAUAGCAGUUAUAGGGAUGAUGAUUUUGAAAAUGACAUAAAUGUACUUGGUUAUCUGAAAGCUUGUGAUAAAUACAUAAAUGAAGAACAAAAUAAAAUAUUAUUCCCUGUAUUUGGGUAUUCUAAAAGUAGCUACAGCUAUUCUAAAGAGUUUUAUAGAAAAUGGAACUCAUUUAACACUCUAAAAAGUUUUAGUUGGAAAGAUGAAUAUAUGUAUUCCAAGAAUUAUGAUAGAAGGACUAAGAGAGAAAUUAAUAAAAGAAAUGAGAAGGCAAGAAAGACAGCAAGAAAUGAAUAUAACAAGACAGUAGAGAGGUUUGUAAGUUUUAUCAAAAAAUUAGAUAAGAGAAUGGUAGAGGGAGCAAAGUUAGCUGAAGAACAAAAACGAGCAAAUGACCAAUUGAAAAAAUCACAAUUAAGAAAUAAGUUUAAAAAUGAUAUCAACAAUAGCAGGUCAAAUGUAGAAUUACAAAGUUGGCAAAAGGUUGAUGAUAAUGUAUGGGAUGAAUUAGAUAAACGAUAUGAUGUUUGGGAUGAAACAGAAGAGGGAUCCUUAGAAGGCUCUAGUAAUAGUAUCAAACCAAAAUCUAAAGGUAAAAUGUCAAAGGAUAAGAAAUCUGAAGAAGAGGAGGAAAUACUAAUAUAUGAGUGUGUUCUAUGUUCCAAAACAUUUAAAUCAGAAAAUCAAUUGCAAAAUCAUACCCAGACUAAAUUACAUAAAAGUAAUAUCAUAGAAAUACAGAAAGAAAUGAGAAAAGAAAGUUUAGAAGUCGGAUUAGAUAAUCUCAGUGACUUGGAUGAUUUCGAUUCUGCUAAUGAGGAACAUGAUAUAAUAUCUGAUAAUGGAGAAAGUGACAACCUAAAUAUGGAUAAAAUAAAUGAAGAACUGGCGGAAAUUGAAAAACAAUUAGCCGAACUAGAUACUGAGUUAGAUUCGGAUUCAGAUGUAAAUCCAGAUUCAGAUUUGGAAUACAUUAAAAGGAAUGUUAACAUAGAAUUAAGCGAUAUUGAACAUGAUGAUGAAGAAAUUGAGAUAGAAACCGAAUCAGCUGAGGAUACAAGCGAUGUCGAAGAUAAAGAUAAUGAUUUAGAAAGGGAUAAAGAACUAAAUGAUUUACUAACAUCAUUACAAAAUGGUAGUGGCACGUCUGUUAACGAUAGUGACGAUGGCUGGGGCACUAACAAGAAAUCUUCUAAAAAAGGUAACAAGACCAAAACUAAGAAAAAGCAAACGAACAUUCCUUUAUCUCAACCCAAUACAGAACCUUCAUCAUCGACUUUGAAUCUAGUGAUGACAGAGAUAUGUAGUACAUGUGGUGAAGGAUUCAGUAGUCGUAAUGGUCUUUUUAAGCAUGUCAACACAAGUGGACAUGCUGCACCACCUUCCAAAGUGAAAUCAAAAUCGAAAAAAAAUAAGAAGAAAUUAUGA